AUGAUACGUGCCUGUGCUCGAACUGGCCCCAACUGGAAACACUGUUUUGCACCGCAUUCCAUGAAGAGGAACUUUGACACCUUCGUAGGCCUUUCUAGUCCGGCUCUGUUUCAGACCCAGCCUACGUCGCGCAAUAUGGCUACCAAAUCUCUCUCAGUUGUGCCCGCAUUCAAACUCAACACCAGUGAAGAAAGGCUCAAGCAGCUUCUCUUAGAUGUUGCUGCCUCCAUCGAUGCGGCAGGACGGUCGCCGGAGCCACUCGUUCUUCGCUGGGCCGGCGGCUGGGUCCGUGACAAGCUCCUUGGUAUCGAGAGUCACGAUAUCGAUACGGCGAUCAAUGCCAUGACCGGCUAUGCCUUCAGCCUGGAGAUGCGAGAUUUCUGCGCCAGUGAGGAGAACAUCACGAAGCACAAUAUCGGUCCCGAUGAUCUGGGUAGCCUUCACAGGAUUGCUGCGAACCCUGACAAGUCUAAGCAUCUCGAAACAGCUACAUCCCGCAUAUUUAGUCUCGACGUCGAUUUUGUUAAUCUCCGGAAAGAGACUUACACCGAAGACAGCCGCAAUCCCACCAUGGAAUUUGGAACUGCACAGGAAGAUGCGUUGCGGCGAGAUGCCACUAUCAAUGCCCUGUUCUACAAUUUACACACUGGCCUGAUAGAAGAUUUCACGGGGGGGCUUGUGGACAUGGAAUCUCGCUUGAUUCGGACACCGAUGCCGCCACUCCAAACAUUCACAGACGACCCUCUUAGAGUUUUGAGGCUUGUUCGCUUUGCUAGCCGCCUCGGGUUUGCUAUAGACCCUGCGGCUACAGCAGUGAUGGCGGAGUCUUCUGUUAUGAAUGCGCUGAAACUGAAGAUCAGCCGCGAGAGAGUUGGAGUUGAGGUUGAAAAGAUGCUCAAGGGUAGCCACCCAAGCAGCUCUCUGGAGCUUAUACAUAAUAUUGGUUUGUACGGUGCCAUUUUCACAGAUCCAAACAGCGAUGAGCGGCCUCUGCCAGAUGUCUCCAAGUGGAAACUUGUGUAUGACCUUCUCGAUCAUUUGGCCCGCGACACGGCACCAGGGUCCAUCUACAACACUCUUAUCACAACGGAUGAGGCUGCCUACUUUGCCUGGGUACUGGCCGCACUCACCCCUUACGCACAUGUGGAGACUGAGAUAUCCAUCCCGAAGAGUAAAGGAACCAUUCCAUUGACGACGCUGGUGGCCCGAGAGGGUAUCAAGGCCCCAAACAAACUUUGCGAUGCAAUCACAGGAGCACAACGUCAUCGUUGCGAGAUUACAGCUCUAAAGGAGAGCACCUGUGCCAGAGAACCUAGGGCUACUGAGCGAGACACUGUCGGUAUGGCAAUCCGCAAGUGGGAUAGCCAAGGAAGUCACUGGCGCGUCCAGGUUUUAAACGCUCUUCUUGUUGAAGCUAUGGAAAAGCUAGAAUCUUGUUCAGAUGGUGACACUACUCAGUUCACAUCAGGAUGGCAAUUGCUUCUAGACCACCUGGCUGACCUGGAUGUCAUGGAUGCACCGUCUUUGAAGCGCAUAGUGGAUGGCCGCUUACUUACACAGGCACUGGGUGUUCGCCCUGGAAAGUGGAUGGGGCAGGCUCUUGACGUGUGCGUGGCCUGGCAACUUCGCCAUCGCGACGAUACUGACCCGGCCGGGGCCAUCGCUGAAGUGCGACGGCGAUCUAAUGAGCUGGGGAUUCAAGGGUUGUAG